CUAUUUUAUAGCUACACCAUUUUUUUCUAAGUUAUCAGUAGUAGUUAAUGAUACCCCACUCACUUUGACACUAUUACUGUGUACUCUAUCCUCUAUAUUCGGAAAUCAGAAUCCAACUUUGUGCAGUCUCACUUCCCCCAUUUUUUUCUCUUAUUUCUCAAUUUGCAAUAAAUCAUAUUAUCAUAUGCCAUAAUAGCUCACCCUUUUCAACUAGGCCAAUCAAGAGUUCAUAUUCAUCUUCAUUCUUCAGGGUUGUGUUGAGCAGAAUCAUUUUGUUCAAGAUGGGGAGUGAAAUGCAACCCUUUGUAGAGACACCACCAAAAGUGGUGGAACCAAACCGUUAUUCACAUAGGUCAAUUGAGACACUGGUGGUGGUCAUAGCAGUGAUCACAAUAGUUGGUGUCAUUGCAGGAAUGAUUGCUAGAUUGUGUGGUGGAAGGCACUUUGGGGGCAAUGGGGAGAAUGACAUAGAAGGUUGGGUUGAAAAGAAGUGUAGAAGUUGCAUUGAUGGAGGACUCCCACCUCCACCUCCUCCACCUGAAGAACCAAAGCCAGCACCAGCACCGGAAGGGGAUGCAAGUAAAUGAAUCAAAAUGGCUCGGAUCAGAUGAUGCAUUCUAUUCUAACACAAACAUUGUAAGUCAGUAUAGAACUUGAUAAAAUGCUCUGUUUUGGCUAGCCAAGUGAUACAAAUGUUGGGGAAAGGUUACAUAGCUUUAACUGAUGUAUAGAGUAGCAUUGUGUUAGUUCUAAAACCUAAAACUAUUCAUGUUAGAUUCACCUUGUUGCUGCUAUUGGACUUUCAGUUUUCAGUUUUA